GAAAGACCCCUCUCAAAAACCCCACACACUUUCGAUAAUUGAUGAAAACCUCCUUUCCUUGUUUAACAAGAGCUUCUCGACUUUACAUUAGAUUUCCGUCUCCUCAAUACAAAUCAAUUCAGAUAUUAACGCGUCUCAAUAGCAAGCGCGCCUUCAGCCAAACUUACAACAUGGCGACCGCAGCGUCUUCUCUGUCGGACAAGCUGAAGUCGUUGAGCUUGGCAGAACCUCUCCCCAAAUAUCCCAAUUGCUACCCAGAAGUCAACCCUGUAGACGUCUAUCGAGCACAUCUUACCUCGAUACUCACCGAAGUUACAGGCGUUGAUGCUUCCGUCGUAUACCCCGCGUUGCAAUGGACGCAAACACUAGAGAAGGGCGACCUGGUUUUACCUGUACCAGCACUUCGAGUCAAGGGUAAAAAGCCUCCUGAGCUGGCUGCAGAAUGGGUAGCAAAGUUUCCCGAAUCUCCUCUUGUACACAAGCCUACAGUCAACGGAACCUUCCUCCAAUUCUUCUUCAAAGUCGACAAGCUUGCUGAGAUCCUCAUACCCUCAAUCAUCGAGCGAAAGAAAGAGUUUGGACUGAAUCCAUAUCUUGGGCUGAAAGACGUGAAAGAUCCAAGCAAGGGCAAAAAGCGAAUCAUCAUUGAGUUUUCCUCACCAAAUAUUGCGAAACCCUUCCAUGCCGGACAUCUUCGAAGUACAAUCAUUGGUGGCUUCCUAGCAAAUCUUUACGAGGCCUUGGGUUGGGAUGUCAUUCGAAUUAACUAUUUGGGAGACUGGGGCAAACAAUAUGGCUUGCUGGCUCUUGGAUUUGAACGAUAUGGCAGCGAAGAAGCUCUACUGGUAGACCCUAUCAACCACCUCUUCCACAUCUAUGUUAAAAUUAGUGCGGAGCUGGCAGAUGAGAAAGCAAAGAUCACGGCCUUGGAAAAAGAGGGCAAGGAUGCAUCAGAGUUGAAGAAUGAGGGUUUGGACGAACAAGCUCGUCGAUACUUUAAAGCUAUGGUCGAUGGUGAUGAGAAGGCUGUUGCGUUAUGGGCUCGAUUCCGUGGUCUUUCUAUCAAAAGAUACAAAGAAACGUAUGCUCGACUGAAUAUUCACUUCGACGACUAUUCUGGAGAGAGCCAAGUCAAGCAAGAGCGCAUGGAUUUCGCGGCACAAAAAAUGGCUGAUAUGGGUGUCUCAGAAGAAUCAGAAGGCGCUGUCAUUGUUGAUUUCAGCAAGCACGUCCCAGGAAAACCAGGGAAAUCUCUCGAGCGACCGAUCAUCAAGAAGAAAGAUGGCACUGCACUUUAUUUGACUCGAGAUAUCAGUGAGAUGAUGCAACGAGAAGACAAGUACCAUUUUGACGAAAUGAUCUACGUCGUCGCCUCACAACAAGACCUUCAUCUCAAACAACUCUUCAAAAUCAUCGAAUUGAUGGGCUACAAAGACCUCGCCAAGAAGUGUCAACACAUUAAUUUCGGCAUGGUCCUCGGAAUGUCAACUCGAAAAGGAACCGUCAAGUUCUUAGACGACAUCCUCCGAGACGUAGGAGAAAAGAUGCACGAAGUGAUGCAAAAGAACCAAGUCAAGUACGAGCAAGUCGAGAAUCCUCUCGCCACAGCCGAUAUCCUAGGUAUCAGUUCCGUCAUGGUACAAGACAUGUCCGGAAAGCGAAUCAACAACUAUGAAUUCAACAUGGAUGCCAUGACUUCCUUCGAAGGAGACACAGGACCAUAUCUCCAAUACGCCCACGCCCGACUCUGCUCCAUCACCCGCCGAGCCAACAUGUCCGAAUCAGAUCUUCUCUCCGCAAACCUCUCUUUGCUCACAGAGCCACAUGCCCAGAAUCUCAUCCGAGUCAUCAGCCAAUGGCCAGAUGUGGUUCAGAAUACAUUGAAGACCUUAGAACCAACGACUAUAUUGACGUAUCUGUUCAAGAUGACGCAUACUAUCAGUAGUAGUUACGACCAUCUUCGAAUUGUGGGCAGUGAAGAGGAGUUGGCUAAGGCUCGAAUGGCGCUUUAUGAUGCUAGUCGAGUUAUUCUGAGUAAUGGGAUGCGUUUGUUGGGGUUGACGCCUGUUGAGCGAAUGUAAACAUUUCAUUUCAUUGAAGAUACCAAGAGACUCGAACUUACCAUCGAGGUGCGUCUUUGCUUUCGCAUAGAAAAAUCUCUACUGGAAUGGUUUGGACGGCGUUACGCUUCUAUGUUAAGCAGGAAAAGCAUUCCGGGUAGCAUCGAUAGAUCAUCCAAUCAAUCACAGGGUCGCAUGAAUUGCCUACCCUCACAGAUUCAAAACUUCCUACCUCGUCGUUUUUGUCUUUCGGAGAUGUUCAGCCUUACCAAUAUAGUCCGAAGAGAGAGAAAAGAUCGUUCUUGAAGUCAAGAGAAAAGCGAGUCUCGCACAUUGAGACGCCAUCAUCAAAAUUUUGUUUAAGGAGUC